AUGGGAGGAAUGAUCUUGUCUGAAACGAGGAAAGUGCGGCUUUAUGCCUUGAUAUCCAGGCAUCUACAGACGCUGUUUGCUCUUCUCUGUACACUAAACAAACGAAUUCUCAACGAAAUUCUUCACAAAUUACAUAAACCCCUUUCUGAUCCGCGAUUCUCACAAAUAACCCGACCGAUCAACAUCAUGGAGCCGUGGCAGAGCUGGGGCCUCUUGUUAGGUUUUGGUACUGCUUACUAUAUCUUCACCAACAAGGACAAGAUACUGAAGCGUACUGGCACACCUGCCACCGACUCACAAGACAUUGUGGCCUCUAAGUCUAGCCGGCAGCGCGGUGAAGGCAAAUCAAAACGCAAAGAGCAGGUUUUUACUGUCACUGCAGCCUUGGAGCCUGUGAAGGAUGUAGUUUCCGAAGCUUCGGCCUCCAUUACCAAGUCAAAGUUCAAGCCAAAAGAAAAGGAGAAGAAAGGUCGCAAGACCCAAGAAUCCACAAAGACUGACCCGAAGCCGUUCGAAGUUCCAACACAUACCUCAACUGAUGAUACCAAGGAUGAAACCGACGAUAACGACUGGGCGGAAAGACUUGCUGGUCUCAAGACCGGAACUUCACUAAAGGCGCCUGAGCGCAAGGAUGGUCGCAGUAAGACUGUGAAGCAGAACGCUGCAAACGCGACUCCAUUGACCUCUAAGUCAAAUGGCGACACUGGUAACACGUCCAUUGUAGACUAUAUGCCUAGUGGCAAGGAUGUAUCCGACAUGCUUCCAGCUAGUGUUCCAGGACCGUCGUCUCUCCGUAUCACGGAGCCGAUUAAUCCAGCUCCUUCCAAAAAGCAGCAGCAACCAAAGCAAGCUCCACCAGCGCAGGAGAGCAAGAAGCAACGCCAGAACCGUCGCAAGGCUGAAGAGAAGCGACUACAGAAAGAGCAAGACGAGAAAGACCGCCGAAUCUUGUUGGAGAAGCAGCUCCGCACCGCCCGUGAGAACAGGGGAGAGCCUGCUAAGAAUGGUGUACAGACAGCCAAAGCUCAAAGUAGUGCCUGGACUCGUAGCACCGCUAGCAACAUCACUGCUAGCUCUAGUGACGCUCCAAUGCUCGAUACGUUCGAGAAUGACGCGGCGUCUACGGCGAGCUCUAGCAAUGCACCAAACAGUAACGCAUCUACCAACACUACUGGGAAGAACCUGGGCGAAUUCCUCUCUGAAGAUGAACAAGUCAGAAUGGCCAUGGAAGAUUCCGGAUGGAAUACAGUGCCGAACCGACGUCCAAGGAAGAAGACGACAGGUAGCGAUACGACCGCGGAGGACAACGUGAGUGACACUGGCAACGCAGAGGAGAAGACAGACAAGAAGGAGACUGUAGUACCGAUGCAGACCUUUACUCGUAAUGCAGAGCCAAUUGGCGGGCCCUCUAUAUAUGACGUUGUGAGCAACGCCGACGAGUCUGACUGGGCCGUUGUGUGA